CCGCAGCAUCCGCCGGCUCGACUCGAUACCGCCCACCGCAGCCGCCACCACCACCACCACCACCGCACGCCAUGUCUGCCGAGUCUGCUCUUCGCUGGGGUGUCAUCGGCCCCGGAGGCAUCGCCCACAAGGUCGUCCGAUACGGCAUCCACCGCGCUGGCCACCGGGUCGUCGCUGUCGCCAGCCGAUCGCUCGAGAAGGCCCAGGCGUUUGCCGCCAAGCACGAUAUCCCCAACGUCUGCACCUCCUAUGACGAGCUGAUUUCCCGCACGGAUAUUGAUGCGAUCUACAUCCCGCUGCCCAGCUUGCUGCACAAAGAAUGGUGCAUCAAGGCCGCCCAGGCCAAGAAGCACAUCCUGGUCGAGAAGCCAGUGGGCCGCGACACCGAUGAGGUGCGCGAGAUCAUUGCUGCCUGCGAGGCCAACGGCGUCGUCUUCAUGGACGGUACCUUCUGGGUGCACCAUCCGCGCACUGCCGAGAUCAAAAAGACGAUCGAGUCGGGCGAGCUCGGCACCAUCCGCUCUGUCGUCAGCCGCUUCUCGUACCCUGGCCACACCAUGGACCCCAAGUCUGAGAUUCGACUCAACACCAACCUCGAGGCCACGGGCGUCCUGGGCGAUCUCGGAUGGUACAACAUCCGCUACUCGCUCUUUGUCUUUGGCUACGAGCUGCCCGUCGAGGUCGUUGGACACAUUGUCGAGCGCCACCCCGAGACCGGCGCGGCCCGCAUCUUCGUGGGCAUCAUGAAGUGGACGGAUGGCCGCACAUCCACCUUCGAGGUCUCGUUCCUGGCCACAGAUAUCCAGCGCAUCGACAUCACCGGUCUCGACAAGAGCCUGUGGAUGGACGACUUUGUGCUGCCGUUCGACGGCACGGUCAACUUUUUCCCGUCCCCCGAGGAGUUCCAGCCGGCAACGACGGCGACGUACUACGUCUCCGCUGGGAUCGGCAAGGCCGAGGAGCGCAAGGCCUUUGUCGGCGAUGUGAUCCAGGAGCAGUGCAUGAUCCAGGACUUUGCCGACUGCGUUGCCGGCCGAAAGAGCGCCAAGACGUUCAGCGACGAGACCCUCAAGGUCCACCAGGUGAUUGAUGCCAUCUGGACGAGCGCCCUCAACAACGGCACCCCAGUGCGCCUGUAGAUUCCGGGAGUUGCGGCGGCCAGAAGCGGCGCCUGCAUGUCCGGCGAGUCGGAGCGACCGACGCCAACGAAUAAACCGUCGAAAGCCCAGCA